AUGCCCAAACGAACAGCUGACAAUCAAGAAACCCAAGGGUCUCUCAAGGCCGGACAACGACCAGACUCCGGAGCAAACGGUGAAACCUCACUUGACUUUGAGGAUGAAUUCGAAGAUGAAUACGAGUCCGAAGACGAAGUGACGGAGGCUGGUGUUGAUGGAAGACCAGAUGCCGAAAGAGAAGCAGACCAGGCACAAGAUGCUAUGGAAAUAGACACAAAGGAACAGACAUUCAUACCGGGACGGUCAAUACUGCAGCCAGGCAUGUCUUUGACACCCGACCGUUCGACCUAUGAGAUGCUCCACGUCAUGUCCACGACAUGGCCCUGUUUGUCCUUCGACGUCGUACGAGAUAAUUUGGGAGACCAGCGAAAACAGUAUCCAAGAACAUUGUAUGCAGUUGCCGGCACCCAGGCCGAGUCAACACGUGCGAAAGAAAAUCAACUCUACAUUCUUCGAUUGAGCAGUUUAUCUAAAAUGGAUCGAGGCAGCCAAGCAGAUUCCGAAAGUGACAGCGAUAAUGAUGAUGAUGACGAGGCUUCGUGUGACCCAAUUCUCGAGUCGAGAUCAAUACCGCUUCCUUGCACAACCAACAGAAUCCGAUCCUUUCAACCGUCACCUGCCACUUCCGAUAUGACCUCAAUACCACAGACAUUGACGGCUACUUCGCUCGAAAAUGGCCAAAUUCUCAUCCACGACGUCUCUCCAUACCUCCAAUCACUCUCGACACCGGGCUUUACAGUCCCUCCCAAUGUGUCAAAAACGCUUAGCACUUUACGAAUGCACAAGACGGAAGGCUAUGCCCUAGAUUGGGCUCCUUCCGCCUCUCACCCGAACGGUCGACUUCUGUCUGGUGACAAUGCCGGUCAGAUUUUUAGCACACAGCGGACAGAAGGUGGCGGUUGGGUGACUGACACCAGGCCGUUUGUCGGUCACACGGAUGCAGUCGAAGAACUUCAAUGGUCGCCGAAUGAGAAAUUUGUCUUUUCUUCUGCAAGCUCCGAUGGCACUGUUAAAGUGUGGGAUGUUCGAAGUAAGAGUCGAAAGCCGGCAGUCGACGUGAAGGUUAGCAACACCGAUGUCAAUGUGAUGUCUUGGUCCAGGCGGACAUUCCAUCUCCUCGCUACAGGCGCUGAUGAUGGUCAGUGGGCAGUUUGGGACCUCCGACAAUGGAAACCACAACCAGGAACGACUCCUGGCUCCCAGCUCAGACCAAUCCCCGUUGCCGACUUCCACUUCCACAAGAAACCAAUCACCUCAAUUGAGUGGCAUCCUACGGAUGACAGUGUAGUUGCUGUCGCCUGUGCAGACAAUACGGCAACUCUUUGGGACCUUGCAGUCGAGUUGGAUGAUGAAGAAUACGGUAAAGAGGCUGGCUUAGGAUUAGGUGAAGGAGCCGAAAAGGUGCCUCCACAGUUGCUGUUCAUUCAUCAUGUUGAAGAUGGCAAGGAAUUACACUGGCACCCGCAAAUGCCCGGCACUGUCAUGGUGACAGGCGGAAGUGGACUUGGGGUUUUCAAAACUAUCAGUGUUUAG